AUGGCAAUCAGCGAGCUGACAGAGUGGAACGGUUGGUGCCCGUCACACCUGAACAUUGUCCUUCUUGGUGGCAGAAACUCCGGAAAAAGUCAUGUUGGGAACUUAAUCUUGAGCAAAGAGGAGUUUGCCACCCAAGAGAGGAGCUCUUGUUGCCGGAGGCUGGGAGUUGUUGCUGGCCGCCGGGUUGCAGUCGUGGACACUCCCAGUUGGUGGUGUGACUUCAGUGUGCAGAACACACCUGAGCUGGUGAAGAGGGAGAUCAUGAGCAGCGUCCCUCUGUGUUCGCCAGGCCCACACGCGUUUCUGAUAACAGUGAAAGCCAGUUCCUCAUUCACCGAAAAGCGCCGAAGGGCUCUGGAGGAACAUGUGCGCCUGCUGGGGGACAGGGUAUGGAGACAUUGCAUAGCGGUCUUCACCUACGCUGACACACGUGGAGACACGGGCUCAGAGACGAAGGCUCUUAACUGGCUCAGUGAGAAAUGUGGUCACAGGUGUCACAGCAUGUCCUUCAGUGAUGACGCUGAAAUCGCCCAGCUGUUUCAGAAGAUAGACAGACUCGUCGCCAAAAAUGGAAACAGAGUUUUUGAAAUGCAGGAAAUAACUGUACAGGAAAUCACAGAAAAGAAGAGAGAAGCAGAUUCAAGGGCUCAGCAGAGGUUCCUGAAAAUGAGAAAACAAAGAUGUCUCAUGCAAGAGAAGCUGCGCUACCUUCCUGACAUCAGGAUGGUGCUGCUUGGAGCAAAGGGGUCUGGGAAGACGUCUGCCCUGAAUACCAUUUUGGGGAGCGAGCGAAGCCACGGCCUCAGGAGAACAGCUCAGUGUCUGGUUGGAAAAGGGUUCGUGUUGGGGAGACAGGUGACAGCUGUGGACACACCAGGCUGGUGGAUGAACUACUUCCACCAUGAAAGUUCCUUUUUUGAGCGCAGGGAGAUGAUGCUGAGUGUCUCGCUGUGUCCUCCGGGGCCACACGUGUUCCUGCUGCUCAUUCGAUUGGACCGAGCCUUCACUGAAACCUACAGGAGAGCAGUGCAAGAGCACCUGGAACUGGUCAGCAAGAACAUCUGGAGCCAUGUCCUCCUACUUUUUAGUUUUGGCGACUGGCUGGGCGACACAACUGUCGAGCAGCUGGUGGAAAAUGAAGGAGAACCUCUCCGAUGGCUUGUUGAAAAAUGUGGCAACAGGUAUCAUGUCCUGAACUUUGCAGCAACUGGAGAUGACUUUCAGGUCAGAGGGCUGAUCAGAAAGAUGGAGGAAAUGGUGUGUGGCUGCAACAGCGGGCGCUACUUUGAAAUGGAGCUAGGUAUACUGGAACAACUGCAGGAGGAGAAGCAGUGGGAGAAGGAGAGAGCCAUGGACAGGUUCUUGAAGAAGGACAAACAAAGGCAGACGGCAAAGUCUCAGCUGGGGAAGAUCCGUCCUCUCUCGGAGUUCAGGAUCUUGCUGGUGGGUGGCCGGAGCACUGGGAAGAGUUCCUGCGGAAACACCAUCCUCAGCAGAGAGAGCUUCCACUCAGACAAACAAACCACUUCAUGUUCUGAGAAAUGCGGAAAAAUCGGUGGAAAGACGCUGGUCGUUGCAGACACUCCAGGCUCCGUGUCACUGACGUCUGACCUUCUUGAGACUCCUCCCCCAAGUGGGUUUACCGCCAUCCUGCUCAUUGUAAAUAUGAGCUCGUCCUUCACUCACUCCCAGAGACGGGCUGUGGAGAACCAACUGGAUGCAGGAGGAGCCCAGAUGUGGAGCAGAGCCAUGGUUCUGUUCAGCUACGGGGACUGGCUGGGGGACACCACCAUAGAACAACGCAUUGAGAGUGAGGGACCCCCCCUGCAGGCACUUGUAAGGAGGUGCGGAAACAGAUAUCAUGUUUUGAACAAUAAAACACGCAGAAACAGAGGGCAGGUUGAAGAGCUUCUCCAACUGAUAGAGGAGAUGGUUGUAGAAGAAAGGUUGAAUGUCCACGCAGGAAACCAGAGGGAGAAGAUUUCUUCAGGACAACAGCAGCAGCCAGAUGGCGCCAAACAACAUUUAAAUAGCUCCCAUGAGCUGACUGAAGCACUUGGUUGCACUGCUUCUUCUUUACUUCACUGCUCACAAGUUGCUGAUGUCAGGGGUCAGAUGAUGCCACUGCGAGGAGGGAGGGGAAGAAGGCGGAGACCUCCACAGCUCACAAUCCUGGAUGGACCUUGGAUGUCCCGUGUUACAUCUGUGCUUUCUGAUAAGGAAAGACCGACUGACCAGCAGAGACUCGUGGUAAACCUCCACGUCUGGUCCACUCCUGAUCAUCUCCACAAUCUGAGAGUGAAUGGCACAAGCCAAGUCCCUCCGUUCUCACCCACACACCCCUCAUUCCCUCAAAUGCAAAUCAGGAUAGGGACGGAUGGAGAGGACUCAAGUGUCCAGUCCCCCUGCCACCCUGCACUGACAGAGAGGACUCUGAGGAGUCUCACUGAGCAGUGGGGUGACAGCAGCUUAGAGGAACUCGAAGCCUUCAUCGAUUCAUACUUCGAGAUGCUUUGGGAACAGGCCGUGGGGUCACUCCACCCGGCUCAGCCCAGCUGCACCCCUGCUGAGCAGGUCACGGAGGCUGGAGACACGCUGCUUUUAUCCAUUGACAGGAAGCUUUCAAAGCUGGACCUGCUUGAGGAGAUCCAGAUGGAUUUAGCAGAGCUCAGGCGGAGUCUGGUGCACAGCUGGAACGUAAAAGAGGAGCUCAAAGACAGCAAACGCAAACAGGACGCAGAGAGAGGCAAGAACUGA